UACUAUUAAGUUUCUUGAUGGUCAAGAAAGCCAAGUCCCAAUCAACUUACCAUCAAAUAUUAAUGAGGAUUUAUUAGAGAAUCAAAUGUCUCUUUUUAUCAAAAAUCUUCACCGAGUUGGCAACCCUUUGAAAGAACUAUGUAAAGUUGAAGGUAUAAGCUAG